AUGAAGAGAUUUAUAGUAACAGAUACCUUUGUUGUCCUUUUAUUAAUUCUGACGGUUGUUAAAUUAUCAAAUGGUAUUAAAAGUUCUACAUGUCCAAGAUGCGAUGAACAUAACUUAUCAUGUCCAAGUGGUCAACAAAUUGACAUCUCAUCUGCUUAUCACGGUUUUACACUAAAGGAUAAUACAUGUAAAGAUUGUAAAGAAGAAUGCUGCAAGUAUUAUAAAAAUGAUUGCCUGGAACUUUAUCAAGGUUUGGAAUACGGUCCACCUAUGAGAUGUUGUGAACCGACAAUCAAACCAUCUGGUGAUUCAGGUUGGAAGGAAAUGAGCUCCUUACAAGUGGUUAUUGAUGGAAUGAAACCUAAUUAUUGUACCUAUUCUAUCGUUUCUUAUCUUUAUAACUUUUUCCAAACUAAUACAAAAGGCACCAGCUUUCGAAUUCAUCAGAAUUUGAUGAAAUCCAAUGUUCACUAUUCUGUGAUAGGAUAUUCAACAUUUACCACUCUGCCUAAUACUGAUGUCUACAUUGUUGUAUCCGGUUAUAAUAGAUUACACACAUACGAUUCUGGGCACAUAAUUACAGUAAAAUAUAGAUGUAGUGAUGAAUUUAAUGAAAGUGCAAUCGAGUCAACGACUAUGAUUUCGGCACAAACUACGGAAAGAUUUAUGUUGAAUGAAGUAACUGAAGGUAAAGAAGAUUUCCUAGGAGAAGAAGCCAACAGUCAAACAAGAGAAGAAUAUGAUAAUGCUCAAAUAAAGGGUGAAGAAAAAAAUGAAAAUGUUCUUGUGGGCAGUCUUGUUGGUGGUGUAGCUGGUUUGUGUCUAGUUCUUCUGAUAGUUGCUUUUAUCAUCUUUAUUUUUAAGAGAAGGCCAAAACAGAAUGAAGUGGGGAUUAACGGUUUAGAGAAUCCAGGUUAUGGUGCUGACAACAUUUCAACAGUGGUACCACCUGGUGAGAUUACCAUCAAUAACAAUAACUCUACUGUGGAAUAUCUGCGUGAUGAUGUUCGGUUUGAUACUCUUCCUAAUAUUAGAUAUAUAGAAUAAAAUAUUACUCCAGAACCUAACCAGUCUGCACCUUAAGUAUAGAACACUGAUUCAAAUCGGUUGCCAAUGAUAGAGUUACCCAAGAAGGGUUCAUGUAUGCCAUGCUGAAAAAGUACUUAUUGAGACAGCAAGCGUGUAAACGAUGUACAUGUACUUUUUCAUUUAACCCCGGUCUAUAUUAAUAACCAGUGUCUUCUGACAUGUUCUGUCUGUCAGCAAUCUCAAGCUUGAGGAUUUUAAAUCUUCGCAUUUUCUAUUACAGCAAUUUAAUGUUUAUACUUUAUUUAAUGUAUGUAUUAAUCUAAUUCUUAAUUUAUGUUAAGUGUAUAUAUUCAUAAAUUUAGCGAUUAAUGUGAGAUAUUGAUAACUGCUUUAUUGGAUUAGAAAAACAAUGUUUUUUAAAAUCAUCUUAACGUAUUUUUAAUUUAUGAUCUUCUGGACAAUCCACCUUGAUAAAUUGUGCACCUAUAAUUAUACUUAGACUUAAUAUAUUUUGUACGAUUCGUUUCGGAUUAAAUAAAUUUGUUUUAUGACAGAUGGAUUGUGAAAAUGUGAGAGAAAAGGGUAUCGACACAAUUAAUGUUGGAGUGUGUAUCGAUUAACCGAGUAUAUUUCGAUGUUUCUAUAUAGUGAUAAAGCAUAUUUCGCGAUUAGUGACUUCACCAAACAUUUAGUUUUAGUGGAAUUGUAGAAACCACAAAGGUCUGUUUGAAAAUUGGAAUGGUGCAAAUUGAUGUUAUCAGUGUCCCUGUUUAUGUGUCAUGGGAGAUAACUCGUUACUAACAAACCAACAAAACAGAGGAUGUAGCCUGUACUGUAUUAUUAUAACUUUAAUUGAUUUUCUCUACUAUGUGAUGAUGUUGAAAAAAGUCAGUAAAAUACGUC